UUCUGCUUCUACUUCGGUCUUUGUGAUAAAGUUUCUUCCUUUUUCCACUCUUUACGUCCCACCACUUACCUCUCUUAGCUUCAAGCCAUCGAAUCGCCGACUAUAAACAGAACAGGAAACGAUUUUCCGAUAAAUUCGUUAUCUGAAAUCGGUUUUCCGAUAAACAGAACAGAAAACCACCACCGGUUUACUGUUUUCCGGCGAAAAAACCCAGAUGGCAAACGACGAAAGUGGCGGUAACAACAGCAACAUAGACCCAUUACUCCAAUACAUGAUUAGCCCUAGGAUGAGAAAACCGACUCCGAUUCUAUUCCCCUUACCGGAAGAUGGCGAAGUCGCGAUUCCGAUGCCGAUGACACCGUCGGAGUUCAAAGACCGUUUAAUCUUCGGACCCUUUUCUCGCUCGCCGCGAGAUUCGUCUCAGUAUUUCGAUUCUCUCUCACAGACACUUUCCCCCUCGUCUUCCUCCGCCGCCGCCGCAGCCGCCGCCGAUACCUUCUCCGAUUCCUCAACCCUAGAUCCUCUCCUCCUUCCACAACCGGAGCCACCGUACCCCGAUCGACACUCCAAUCACGGCCACGCACUCCACCGAUCCAAAACCGCACCAGCAAUGGCCGUAAUCAAUGAUCUUCACCACCCGAUUCGUGGACAAAAGGAUCUCGAGACGUCACGCUCCGUCGUAAGACAAGCUUUUGCUCUCCUCGUUGUGUAUCUCUCUUUAGGUGUGCUUAUCUAUUGGCUGAAUCGUGACAAUUACGUAGUCAAUCAAACCCAUCCCGUUGUUGAUGGUUUAUACUUUUGUAUCGUUACAAUGUGCACGAUUGGUUAUGGAGACAUCACUCCCAACAGUGCGGUUACGAAGCUGUUCUCGAUUAUGUUCGUGCUUGUUGGGUUUGGUUUCAUCGAUAUCUUGCUUAGUGGGAUGGUCUCUUAUGUUCUUGACCUUCAAGAGAGCUAUAUGUUGGACUCUGCUAAGCGGAGAGACGAGCCAGAUAAGAGGAGGUCGUAUAUAAUCGAUGUUAAGAAAGGAAGAAUGAGGAUUAGAUUGAAAGUGGCUUUGGCAUUGGGUGUUGUGGUUUUGUGCAUUGCUCUUGGUGUUGGGAUAAUGCAUUUUAUUGAGGAGAUUGACUGGUUGGAUUCGUUUUAUCUCUCGGUUAUGUCUGUUACUACUGUUGGCUAUGGAGAUCGGGCUUUUAAGACGUUGCCAGGGAGGCUUUUCGCUGCGAUAUGGCUUCUUGUGUCUACAUUAGCCGUGGCUCGUGCUUUCUUGUAUUUGGCUGAGGCAAGAGUGGAUAAGAGGAAUAGAGAAAGGGCAAAGAAAGUGCUUCGUGAGACCAUGUCUGUCUCUCAGUUUUUCGCUGCAGAUAUUGAUAAUAAUGGCUGUGUGAGUAAAGCAGAGUAUGUGAUUUACAAACUGAAGGAGAUGGAGAAAAUAACCGAUAAGGACAUCAUUCCAAUCUCUAAACAGUUUGACAAACUCGACCGAUGCAGCAACGGAAAGAUUACUCUUGUAGAUCUCUUGGAUAGUAGCAAUGGCGAUGGAUCCUCUGCAGCUUUUUAAUUUAGCAUAUAGCUUACAGUUGCAACUUGCAAAUCACAAACUGACCAACGAUGCUGAUGAUGAUCCUCGGAGUCCAGCCUCGGGUUUACUUCAACCGGGUUUGGACCCAUCUUAGUUAUGUCUUUGGUCUUGUCUUGCAUAUUUAGUUAAGCAGGAUUCAGUGAUUCACACAUCACCAAAUAUGUUACCCUCUCCUUUUCACCAAAGAUGAUGAGGAGAAGUUCUGGGUUUUUCAUAACCGGUUUGAUUUUGUACCAAAUGGUUAUGUCAUCGGUUUACUUUGGUAUGAUAAUGAGAUUUGUUUCUCAUCUAAA